AUGCAGGACGGGAGUUGGAACCAGCCACUCCCCUACUCUGUGCUGCUGAGGGACCCAGCAGCAGGCGGGACUUUUGAGGGCGAGAGGGCGGCGUUUUCUGAGGCGCCCUCCGAUGGGGACCUUUAUCUGGACUCUGUGACAGGGCUGAAUUCUGGAGAUGGAGACUUUGCGGAUCUUACUGCCUUCCUGAGUGCAGAUGAGAUUAACCUUAGUCUGGACCUGGCCCGGGAGGCCUUUGGUGAAGCAUGUGAAUCUGAAGAUCCAGCUUCUUCUAGUCUUACUCAACAGGAGCAGGCUCUCCAAUUUGUCCCUUCCCUUCCAGUACCCCCGCAAACCACUAAAAACCUCAACACAAGCCCAAAUCUGCACCAUCAGACCAAAGCGCCUUUCCCAGAUGACAAUGCAGGGGCCCUUGUUUCCUCCAUCAGACCUGUCCUUUCGCCCACAGAGGCUCCAAACCCUGCCGAGAAAGUCGUCCGUCACAAACCAAUCCAACCAGUGUAUAAGCAGGACAAACCCAGACUGGUUCAUGAAGGCCUGGAGCUGAAUGAUCGGUCAGCUUCAGCUACAGAGUUCUGCAGCCGAGCUGCAACUUUCAUCGAGGAGUUGUCCUCCAUCUUCAAAGGUUCUGCUCAUCUGGAGCAGCAGGCAGAGGAGGAUUCCUCCUCUCCUGAUAGCGGCUAUCGUUCUCCGAGAAGCCAGCGGCCCGUGCCUCAGGGCUCAGCAUCUGUUCCCGCGCUGCCUUCUGUUCAGCAAGAAGAGCCACAAAACAGCCAGCCGGAGAUGGGCCCUCAGUCAAAUACCCUGGUGGAAGAUGUGGCUUCUGAAAUGCACCAACACUCUGGGGCUUCUGCAACGACCGGACCACUCUCCCCCCCUCACUUCCUCCAGAAGCUGAAGAGUCAGGAAGUGGCAGAAGGGAGCCCCAUUCGCCUGGAAUGCAGAGUCACAGGAAACCCCUUCCCAACUGUCAGGUGGUUCUGUGAAGGCCGGGAGCUCCAGAACUCUCCCGACAUACAAAUCUGGAGAGACGGUGACUUGCACACACUGGUGAUCACAGAAGCUUUUGAGGACGACACGGGGCGCUACACCUGCAUCGCUUCCAACAGCCUCGGAGCAGACAACACCUCUGCUGAGGUUUACAUCGAAGGCGCUUCAUCAUCAGAUUCAGAAGGGGAGGGAGCAGUGCCCAAGUCUAGAUCAGGAGCCAUGUCUAAAGGGCAGAAAAAGACGACUUCAAUGUCGCUAACAAUACGCUCCUCUUCACCAAAAACGCCUGAGGUACUUCCUCAUCGCUCCACGCUGGUGCAGUCCAUGUCUCAGCCCCCACCACGGAUGCAAAGCCCAGUGUCAUCACUGUAUGGUGCUGAGGUGUCAGGCCCUCCUCAAUUCACCAAGCUAUUGCAAGAUGCCCAGGCGUCAGAAGGCCAGGUGGUGGUUCUGGAGUGCAGGGUUCGCGGAGGCCCUCCUCUUCAGGUCCAAUGGUACCGUCAGGGAAACGAGAUCCUGGACUCCCCCGAUUUUCGUAUUCUCCAAAAAAAGGAGAUCUGCACCCUGGUCAUAGCUGAGGCCUUUCCUGAGGAUGGAGGUCUGUUUUGCUGUAAAGCAUCCAACCCCCAUGGUUCUGUCAGCAGCACAGCCCAACUCACUGUAACUCCAGCAGCUGAGGACUCAUCCAGUAACGGUAUGUCUGGUGACAGCUCAGGAUUUGAGGACACGGCAUCCUUCCCUCCUCCUCCUUCUCCUCCUCCACCUUCUCCUCCUCCACCACCACCCACUGAGAUCAGCCUCCUGGAGCUGCCACCUAAGACAUUACCUCAGCCUUGCUCUGAGGGUUUCCACAUCAAGGAACUGGAGAUCUGGCCCAUGGUAUCAGCUCUACCCUCAGUGGGGAUUAGCUCUGAGGUUGAAGACAAGGACAAAGGGCAAGAUCAGAACAGUCAACCCCCAAAGCCGCCAUCACCUCCAAGUUUACGAAAAGAGACAACUCUACCACCACCACCUCCUCCAUUGCCUCCGUCAGACCCUGUAACCGACGUCCCAAUCAAAGCCCAGAGCCCGGCAAGCAUGAUUCCAGACUCACCUCCAGUGUCAGGCAAGCUGUCUCCAUCCCAAGGGAAAGAUGCUCCUCCACUGCCCACCAAGCCGAAACCAAAGCUAGCUGUGAAUAUAGAGGAGAAGAAAGAAAAUUUCAGGAUGAAGCUCACAGCAAUGUACAGACCACGGUUUGGUCGCUCUCUCACAAACAACCUCAGGGAUUAA